AUGGCCGGCGAACAAUCCGAAGCGGCCUUUGCGUAUCAUGAGCCUGCCAUUGCGACAGUGCUCAACCUGACCGGCUUUCUAUUGGUCUUGAACAUCGUCAAUGUCUGUCUAGAUAAACUUCUGUACUGCGGCCUCAUCGGUCAGUUGUUUAUCGGCAUCCUCUGGGGUACUCCUGGGGCGAAAUGGCUCGAUAGGGGAAUGGAAACAGCUGUUCAGCAGCUCGGGUAUCUAGGCCUGAUCCUGCUAGUAUACGAAGGCGGUCUCUCGACCUCAAUCAAAUCCCUGAAAGCCAAUCUCCUUCUGUCGCUUUCUGUAGCGCUCACGGGGAUUGCAGUUCCGAUGGGAUUGUCCUUUAUUCUCAUGGAACUCGUCUCCGCGACCCCUCUGCAGGCCUUUGCGGCUGGUGCGGCGCUCAGCGCGACGAGUCUCGGAACCACGUUCACCAUUUUGUCCACCACCAACUUGAUCACAACCCGUCUGGGUGUGGUGACCACUAGCGCGGCAAUGAUCGACGAUGUGGUCGGUCUCAUUAUGGUUCAGAUUAUCAGUAACUUGGGUAGAUCGGCGGACUCUUUCAGCGCGGUCACAGUCAUUAGGCCCAUCUUUGUGUCUAUCGGGUUCGCGGCUGGCCUUUUCCUGGCGUGUAGGUUUUGUCUUCAGCCUGUGUUGAGGAAAUUGGUGGGUCAGAAGGAUAGGAUGCCAGAGGCAAUGCUCACCGUGCAGUUUGCAUUCCUCGCCCAUACCUGUGUGCUUGUCGGGUUAGUUGCUGGCGCGACGUAUGCGGGUACUUCAAGUUUGUUUGCUGCGUAUCUUGCCGGGGUGAUCGUCUCGUGGUUUGACGGUAUCGUGGCCGAGUCGAAGGAGCAGGCAGAAUCACCUCAACAGCGUCGCGUGAACGAGGCUUCAAGCAGUCAAGAUAAUCCUGACAAUAAUAAACAGCCGGCAGAGCCGACCUCGUCCAGUUCUCCUGCUGAACACCCGCCGGCAGCAGAGCACGAUGAAACUCCCACCGGUGUAGUAGUCUAUGAACGAUACUACAAGGAGCCCGUCAACCGAGUAUUCAUUCCUCUCUUCUUCGCAUCCAUCGGAUUCGCCAUCCCGAUCACCGAAAUGUUCCAGGGAAGCGUCGUAUGGCGCGGCUUUGUCUAUGCCAUUCUCAUGGCCAUCGGCAAACUCGUCACCGGAUUAUGGCUCGUCCGGGUCUCCCUGAGCCCCGUAUCCAGUCUGAUGCGCAUUGCCACGAAGCCCUUCUCGUAUGCGCGUCUCGUCUGCUUCGAUGCACGAAAGAAACCCACCCCUAGCCAGAAACAAUCCACGGGCUCCGAGAUCCCGAUGAAGGACAGGUCACCCCAGCCUGAAUCAUCGGAAGAAACCAGCGACAGUGCAUCCCCGAGCACAAAUCCCAUGCCGCGAGCUGAUCGAUCAUCGCAUGCCGAGCCCUCAGAUCAUCCGGCCCCUUCCGCCGUUAACCCGCCAUCCAACCGCAUCUCGUUACCGCCUAAGCCCAAGUCCCUGUACCCGCCAUCGAUCCUUGGCCUUGCCAUGGUUGCCCGCGGAGAGAUCGGAUACCUGAUUGCCUCGUUGGCGGAAUCGCAGGGAAUAUUCUCCGACGGGGCAUCGACCGGAACGACAGAAAGCUACCUGGUCAUUGUCUGGGCUAUUACGCUGUGUACGCUUAUUGGGCCGAUCUGCGUGGGGACCCUAGUGCGACGGGUGAAGACGCUGCAGCAGAAGAGGGUCAACGCUGGAGGUAUGGAUCCUUUGGGGGUUUGGGGUAUCUAG